AUGGCUCCCAUCACGCAAGAGACCGUCGACGGUCUCAAGGACAUCAUCCACAAGCUCGAGUCGCGCGUGGCAGACCUGGAAGGCCGCCUGGUCCAUGGCGGCAAUGACUCCAAGACUCCCUCAAUCUCCGAGCAGGUCCGCAUCAUCCUGAUGGGUCCUCCUGGUGCAGGCAAGGGAACCCAGGCCCCCCGGAUCAAGGACAAGUACUGUGUGUGCCAUUUGGCCACCGGUGAUAUGCUGCGAUCCCAGGUCGCAAAGAAGACGGCGCUGGGCAAGGAGGCCAAGAAGAUCAUGGACCAGGGCGGUUUGGUCAGCGACGAAAUCAUGGUCAACAUGAUCAAGAGCGAGCUCGAAAACAACCAGGAAUGCAAGAACGGGUUCAUUCUCGACGGCUUCCCGCGUACCGUCGCCCAGGCCGAACGCUUGGACGAAAUGCUUACCGAGCGCCAGCAGAAGCUUCACAAGGCCAUCGAACUGCAGAUCGACGACGCCCUGCUUGUUGCCCGUAUCACUGGCCGAUUGGUCCACCCGGCCUCUGGACGAUCAUACCACAAGAUUUUCAACCCGCCAAAGAAUGACAUGACGGACGACGUGACUGGCGAGCCCCUGAUCCAGCGCUCCGACGACAAUGCCGACACGCUCACCAAGCGACUGUCCACCUACCACGCGCAGACCGCCCCGGUCGUCGACUACUACAAGAAGACUGGAAUCUGGCGCGGCAUUGACGCCAGCCAGGAGCCCGGCCAGGUCUGGAAGAGCGUUUUGGGUGUUUUGCACGACCAAAAAAGCUCCUCUAGCAUCCUGAGCAAGGUUGGUCUGUCCAAGUAG